AAGGGGAUGUUUAUACAGCAAGGGUUAUUUUUAACGACACGAUACUUUUAGAAAUUAGUCACUGGCGUGCUAAAUUUGUAAAAGCUUUUUAAGACGUAAGGUGUAAUGCAAGGAACGCAAUGAAAAAAUAAAAAUGGGAAGUGAAACGCGAUCCAAUUUUGUUUUUGCCUCCGGCCACGCCGAUUUGUGCAGUUUGACUCGCGGUUUUGUUCACGCAUAUCGUUUCCGUCAAAUUGCUUCGUUUAAUAGUUAAUAGCUAAUUAUUCUGUCGUUUGAUUAAUGCUAUGUUUCAUUCAUAGUUUUGCUCGCACGUUAUUUUGGGUAACUGUACAUGGUGAUCCGUUUACAGAUACCCCAACUGAAUUCGAAUUGUUUUUUUAAAAAUGUCUCGGUUGCAGAAAAGAACGCGCCAGCAAUGUUGGGCAAAGUAUAUAACAAGUGUUGAACACAUUUCACAAGUGUAUUGAGAUUGGUGGAAGACGUUGCUAGACCUUCACUUUAUUUCAAAGUCUACAAUUCUUGUUACGUGUAUGGUACGUCUAUGAAUGGAUCACUGCACUGUAUCAAACUUACGGGGGAUGGGAAGCGAUUAGACUUCCUAUUCUCGACUCACGGCUAACAUCAGUGAAGGAGUUGCUGCAGCACUAAGGUUCACGCGGAUAACACAAUGUCGUCGACUUCUCUGAAGCACAAAAUGUUCAUCAUGGAGCCCAUGGGGGAGAAAUUGAUCACGACUUUGCCUGGCAUCAACAGACAGAGGGGUACUCAACUAAAGAAAGAAGGAUUUGAUAAGGCAUUCAUGGUUCUGGGACAGUUCCUGCUGCUUCGCAAGAAUGAGGAGCUCUUCAAGGAGUGGCUCAUGUACACAUGUGAGGCCAGCAGCCGGCAAGCGUCGCAGUGUUUCAAGUGUCUCAUGGACUGGUGCGAUGCGUUCCUGUAGCAGGCUUUGUCGUGGGCCACCUGGCUGGUGUAGCCCUCCUAGCCAGACUAUGGGGAGCAUUGGAGUACAUUCCAUUGAAUUUGAUCAAUCAUCUUCAGCCAUAAUCAACCCACUGCUGGAUGAAGGCCAUCCCAAGUCGUCACAAUCUGGCCGCCUGCACAUCAGCUUAAUUCAUCACUCCAUCUCAGCAGUAGACGACCUCACGGCCGCGUUCCCACAUCCACACCAAUAUGCUACACAACCUGCUUCAUUGGGGUGAUGUUAAGGGAAUAAUGUGAAUGCAAAAAUGUUCAAGUAGCUAAUGGAAAUGUGAAAACAUUGGCAAUUGCGUUGUUUGCAGAAUUUGUUGCACUUGUUUAAACAUGAAUUCAAUAAAUGUGAACUCAUGGUUCUGCACAUCUA